UAUAUUAAUAAUAUGUAAAAUAUUUUUUUGCAAUGCUUAUGUUUAUUUGAAAAAAGAGUUUCAAUUUAAUUGCGUGAAAAACGUCACGUUGGUGAAGCAAUUCCAUCGAUGAUUGUAAUAGUAAAUUUAAGUAUAAACAUUCUGUAUUUUUCGAUGCAAGUAUUUAUAAACAGUAGAUAGGAUUCUGUGUAAACACGUGUUUGAAAGAAAAGAAGGAAAGAUAUCUCCAUUAAUUACGCUCCUGAAGUUAAAAUGACAUGAAUUAGAAAUACAUGUGUAGUUGUAGGUUGUAGUCAUAUCACAUAGAGUUAUGUAUGCACAACUAAACUUCUAACCACAAAUUUUGGUGAACAGGUUCUACAUAAAAUUUUUCUCCUUUUAAGUUAUGAUCUGUUAUGUAGUCCAUAAAUAUCAUUAAAAAGAUGUCAUUAAAAAAUAGUUCUCAGUUGUGUAAUUUAAUUUCGUGUUAUUAAUCUAACAUAAUUUAUUUUUUAUGAGAACUUGUUAUAUACUGUGUCAAGAAUAAUGGCAAAAACAGAAGUAACUGAAAAUCCAGGAACCAGUUGGGAACCAGUACGUUUGACACACAUUAAACCAUCCUUCAACAGUCAAGAAUCAGCUCUAGCAGCUCGUCAGGAUCUAUGGCACAAAUUUAUUCUUUAUGGUAUAGGAAAAUAUAAACCGACAGAAGUUCUGAAAAAGAUCAUUACUGCUUGCGAUCCUGAGAUUAUACUACCUGUUAUGUACAAAGAAGAGGGUCCAAACAAAAGUCAUUUCUUGGCAAAAUGUAACUCCAAUGCUAUAGAACAACUUGUGAAACAGGGUCUAUGCGUGAGUUUACAGAAUGGACAAGAAUUACAUAUUGAUAUAGUAUUAGGAUUCACAGAUUCCCAAGAAUUAUCACUGAAUCCUAACAGGAUUAUUACUCAAGCAUUGUAUUACAGAUAUGAGCCUACAAAAAAAGUAUUGAAUCUUGAUGACUUUGAGAAUGAGAAAUCAUUGGGUUCUAUAUUUUGCCCUAUAUCUUUACCCAAAGUAUUACAGUUUGUUUUAAGAUGCAGUAGAAUGGGAAUCUUGAACACAAACCGUGAUUCAAGACUACCUAUUCGAGAACUGAGCUUAAAAUAUAAUAAAAUCACAGCCAUCAUCUUGUUUGAAAAAUUUUUCAAUUAUCACUUGACUAAAUUAGAUCUGAGAUACAAUUAUAUUGACGAUGUGGACUAUCUACGUUACUUCAGUGAAUUUAAGAUAAGUGAGCUCUGGCUGGAUGGAAAUCCACUGUGCACAAAGUAUAGCAAAUGCCAAGAUUAUGUACAAGCUGUGAAAAAUGUUUUUCCCCAUCUGCAGAAGUUGGAUGGAAUAGUCAUAGAUAUAGAGCAGAAGUUCAUUCCUCAUGUACAGAGCAAUUUUCUGAGAGAUGGAUCAAAAACUUGCCUGAUUAAACAAUUUGUGAAGCAUUAUUUCACGUUGUACGAUCAGGAUGAUAGACAUGUGAUGAAUGGAUUAUAUGACAGGGAUGCGCUUUACUCUAUGACACUUGGGCCACUGACAAACUAUGUCCAUAAACAAGUAACUAAAACGUUUGUUACGAACAGGAAUUUAUUGAAGUUUGUUGAUUAUGCAAAGUGUCAAGAAUUUUUAUUGCGUGGCCCAGAAAAGAUCAUUUCUGCUCUGAGAAGUCAACCACCCACGAUACACAACUUUAAAUCAUUUCAUAUAGAUUUUUUGUAUGAAGAAGACAAUCAUCUAGCAAUCUCUGUCCAAGGCAUGUUCUCUUUCAGAGAAAUUGUAUGUCCACCAAUGUUCUUCAACAAGACUUUCAUUAUCGUGCAAAAGGAAGACAAUGAAUACUGUAUUACUAAUGAUCAAUACUAUCUUGAUGGAUCACCUGCUAAUAGUAAUUUAGCAAUAGGAAGCAAUGAGAUGAAAUUUGACUUGAAAACAGCACCCAAAUUUGAUCCAGUAGUCUUCAGUGUCUCUGAGAAGGAACAAUUGUUAACAUUUCUGCAUGAAUUGACUACAAUGAACAUGAAAUUUUGCCACCAAUACCUAGAGGAAACUAAUUGGGACAUAAGGACUGCUAUUACAACAUUUAUGAAUAUGUACACUGUCAAUAAUGUACCACCGGAAGCUUUUAUGUGAUUCGCCAGUAUUUUAUAUAGAUAAUGUCUAUUAUUUAUACGUACAUUAUAGCAUAAGAAAAAAGUCUUGUAAUUGUAGGUACAGAUCCGUACGUUUUUAUAACAUGUAGCAUGAUAUUUGUUACCGUUUUUAAUGUCUUCCGCGAGACAAUGUACCUACAAUUCUUCAAAGAAAAUAAAAUAAGUACAAUGACACCAUUUUAUUAAAAAUUAUUAGCUUUAUUUUAUACAAUAUAAAAAUUACAAUUUUCAUGAUACUAACAACCUUGCUGUGUAUUCAACAGAGCAAUGGUUUUAUUUAUAUAUGGUGUAGUAUUCACAUUUGAAUUCACUCCUAAUUCAAACACUUUCUGCAUUAAUGGUAGAGCGUGUUCUGAAAUAAAAUACGAUUAAUUAAAAGAUGAUGUGCAUCAAAUGAAACCAAAAUUCAAUUGCAAAAAACGAAAGCUUACCUUGCAUACAGAGCACAAUGUCUGGCAACUUUUCCAGAGCUGACAUUAACACAUCAGCUCUAGGACUGUCCAAACAUCUCUGGAAGGCGGAUAAUAUGUUUGCAUUUGUUGUUGGACGAUAUUUCAGUGCUCUUGCCAGUAAAGUGUGAGCAAGAGUCCUUAUGUUACCCUGAGGAGACACCAGUAAUUCAGUUAUAUUAUCCGUUAUCGGUUCCAGAACUGAAGGUUUUCGAGAAGAUAAAUGCUCUAUUUCCUGAAGAGCAUUGAACACGUCUAGAACGAGAAAACAUGCAUUUUUUCCAAUUAAUUUUUUCAUAGAAGUUCAGAUUGACACUCCACAGUAUAAAAAGACGGUAUACCAUCUCCAUGCAGCUUGCUCAGAGUAGUCAGCAACGAGGACCAAUGCUGGGGAAUAAUAGUUUCUGCUGGUGGUGGUGUAGGAGGUACAGUGAUUAAAACUUCCUCGAGAUCUUCUCCUUCUCUUGGCACUGGGAUGCCUGAUACAAGUGUACGAAGUGUAACUAGAUUUGGAUAGUGUACCUGUAAUUCACUACAUGCAAGUGUAAGCUGACGUCUGAAAUUUGGUAUGAGAAGCCGAAGGCACAGAUUACUUACUGAAGAGGCUGAGCAUGCUUCUGCAAGUACUUCAAUGCUCUUUGAGGAUCGUAAGAGAUGUAUGACUGCAGUAAUGUGAUGAAUCUGUUCAAGAGUGGUAUGAUCUCUUUUAUGGGUCCAUAAUUCUGUGAAUGGAAUAAAUCAAUAGUAUUUGUAUCGCAUUCUACUAAAUUCAAGUCGGUACAGAUGUUCUAAAAUACCUGGAAGCACUGAAAGUAAUUCUCUAACGUGUCUUCUAAAGCAGCCCGAUGUUCUUCCCUAAACAAAUGCGGCUGCAAUAAUUCCAGCAGGCCCAUUAUUUGUGUGAAAAGAUUCAAAUGAUGACCGGAUCUGAAUUGACCGAAAUCUAAGUAACAUCUGCCCAUUAAAGAUGAUGCUAACAUUGGAAGCUGCCGCAACACUAGAAUCGGAUGAACGGCAGCCAUUUUUCUAGCACACAUCUCGAACUCCUGGGACCUGGAGUUCCAAGAUUUUUGUCUUGGUGUUGCUGCUAAGGCUGUUACCAAAGAAUGGCUCAUGCAGUCCAACACAGAACCCGUCCAAGCAGUGAUUUUUGCGCCCUCAACGAACUUUUUCGUUUGGAAGGUAUCCAAGUAACAGAUCACUUUUGGUAUCUUCAUAUACAUGUGUAACAAGAAUUGAUGUGCCAUGUCAGACUCCACGCUGAAAAAUUAUAAUAUAGAAUUGCUUAUAAUGUAUAAAAUAGAAAUAGAACUAAUAGAUAAAAUGAAUCACAUACUCUGGAUCAUUCAUCAUACUAUCAGCCAAAUAUGUCACGACACUGGAUACCAAAUGGUCAUCAGUUGAGAUACAGUGCAACAAUAAGUCCAGACGAGAAUCCAUCCUAGCUAAUGCAGUGGUUCUACUGUGGCAAUUACAAAUAAUAACAGCUUCUGCAACUAUGUACGCUACGAGCGUCAACAACUGUUUCUCGUGCAGCAACAAAAUAUCUUCAGGGACAUAGUGCUUCGGCGUAAACUUAUCUCUUCCUUGCCACAGCUUCGGAUUGCAUGUUAAAGCCCAUAGAAAAUCUAACACAGCCGUUGGAUCGUACCUACAAUUUUUACAGUUUAUUUGAUAUUAUUUUACAAUUAUUUGAAUUAGUAAUUAACAACUUACCCAUCGUCACAUUUAUCUAAUAAAUGUCCAACACAUUUGUGCAAGGUAGCCCAGCUUGCUCUGUGUGUAAGUAAAGUCAACAAAUAGGGCCUAAAGGAAUGCGAGCUAAUUAUAUUAUUGUCAACUUUCAUUUGCAUCUUCGUCUUUCCGAAAAGAAGCUUCAUUUGCAGAUUGGGACAUGUGCCAAUCAAUUCUGGUUCCACAGAAGCCAACCAAUCAAUCAAUAAUCCUGUUCUUGGCUUUCUAACACCCUCAUUGCUAUCAUUCACCAACAACCUCGCCAUAGCUUCAAAAAGAACAUCAGUCUGUUGUUGUUUAAAACAAAUGUCCAACAAUUUACGUCCCACAGCUUCCAGGUUCACGGAAUCCGUUGUCUCUAAAAUGGAUCCAAGGUCACGGGUCUGCAUCAGUAUAGUUAGCUCCAUGCUCUUUGGUGUCUUGGUCAAUUGUACAUUAGCAAAGUCUCUUAGAAUAGAAAGAACUGGCGCUUUCACGUCUCCUAUCAGUUGUAUCAAGUUCAAACACAUGUUGCGAGCAAGUUCUACGACCUGUUUGGAUGUAGAAGAUUUUUUCAAGGGAAGCAAUAUGAUCCUCAUUAAAGUGCACGAGUAUUGCGGCAUGUGAACGAGUGAGGCCAAGAACUGUUUCACUUGCAUCGAGCUUAGAACGCUGCAUAUGUGUUGUAUAGCUAGCACAACUGCGCCGCUUUCUUUAGCAGACUUCUGCAGGUCCUUUGCCAAAGUUUUAUGCAAACGACGAUAUGCGUCCACCUUCUGGCUCAUUGAUAUAUUCUCUAUGAACAAUCUGUUGAUCAAAUGGGGAACGUCUGUCUUAACAGAACACUGAAUGACAGAUUGUUUCUGGACCAUAGCGCUAGGAGGCAAGGGUUCCUGCAAUUGUCCUAUAGUCACCGGAUUCUCGUCAGGCAAUUGAGGCUCCAUUAAUUGCAGAACUUGUACAAACACCAGUCCACCAGUGGCUCCUCUCCUAUGUUGGACUUCUACUAACUGUGCCAUGUACGUUUUGUCAAGCACAGCUUCCCCAACUGAAUCGGGAUCAAUUUGCACCCCUGCGUCCAGGGUGUGAAGCAGCUUGCUCAUUGAAGGCACAGGAAUUCCGAAACUCUGAAUAAACAGAACCAGCUGCUGAGGCUCUAAAUCUUUCAAAGCAGCGUCCACGAGGCGUGGAACAUUGCUCCUGAUCAUUCUCAACUUCAACCAAUCUGGUAUCAGCAAAGCUUCUUCGCUAGUAUCAACCAAGAAAGCUUUUGGGGGCUCUGCAUUCAAUGGGAACCAAGUUUCAAGGAGAACAUUAAAUAAAACGUCAUCGUCGAAUGAAUCAUAGGUCAACAGAAUGAUCAUGGCAUGCACAACGAGAAUGUGCAUAGUACAUUCUUGUCCUGUGCUCCAUUGUACUAGAAUCUGAUCCUGACUCUCUGACCACGUAUACUCUUCUCUUCUAGGAGACCGAGCUUUCUCUAAAUAAUUACAGAAGAUCGCCAUGAAGGCGUGCAGAGUCUGCUUAGACUGCGGAUUGUCGCAUUCUGGUUGAGGCAAAAUGGCUGCUAUAAUUGUACUUCUCUCAACUACCAGCUGAGAUAUCUCGUUAGCAAGAUCUAUUAAUUCUGGUAGCUCGUCGUCAGUGGUAUGGGCUGCGAGGUACGAGAUGUAUGCGUGAACAAGAUCUGGAUUGUUUUCUACUUGACAAGCCCCACGGAGGGCCGUGGAGACCAAGGUUCGCACUGAUAAGAAGUGCGGAAUUGAUGGUAAUUUGCGAACAAGCCAAAUCUCUCUGAAAAUAGAGAUCGAGUUAGCAGCUGCAAGAAGAUUUUAUGGAAGAUAUAUAUUUAAUCAUAAAAAGGCACACAAAGAGAUCACAGUGUGCCGCUGCAAGAUUAAUAAAUUACUUCUCAUUUUCUCCAUCGAUGUCCAUGGGUUCAUCUUCAGUAGGUAUAGAUCCUAAAACCAUUUUUAAACCAGUGAUUGCUUGGAGCCGGCUAUUAGUCUGCUGGCUGCUCAGCCUUCUUAAAAAGUAUUCUAGCACUUCAUAAGCGUGUUGCCGGUCUUGAUCAGGAUCGGUCAACAACAUCUGGAGAUGAGCCAACAAUUGUUGUUGCCUCGGUUGAUUCUCCACUGCUUGGGUGCUAGUAGACAACAAAAACUCACAAAGGCAUUGUACGGGCAAUUGACUAAGGGAACCUUCGCUACUUUGUACAAGAUCUGCCAACCAAGGCAUGCUCUGGGAGGAACUUUGCUGUUGUCUUUGAAUUAUGUCCAACAAGAAAUCUGGUUUCCGGGACCGGCAAAGUAAAUGUCCUAAUCUAUGGGACACGUUCAACGACUGUAUUUGUUCUAAUACUGCUGGAGGCGGUCUCCUUGCGAUACCGGUCGGUUCCAUGGUGAUUAACUGCGACAAUAGCAAACUAUUUUGCUCCGAUAUUUGUAUCUUCGUCGAGGCAGCUGCCAAGUGAGAUUCAUAUUCGAGGAUCUCUUGCUUCUCGAUUGCUUCCACUUGUAAUUCUUUGGAACGCUCUUGCUCUAUUACUUCUGGUAAAGCCAUUGUUGGCGGAGGAUACGAGAAAUGGCUAUAAAAUAUAUUAACAUUUUAGUGUCUUUUAAUCUCUACACAUUUAUCUAAUAGGAGAAUUAUGAACUCACUUAGUGAUACACAUUUCCAUGAGAGUUCUUAAAAUGGGGUACCGCUUCCAUGCAAUAGCGCCAAUAGUAGAUGGAUUGUGAGCAGCCAGUACCAAUAACAUUAUCCAUCCUUUCCAGUACAAAUUCGAUAUCGCCAGUGUUGGUGGCACGUAACUGCAAAAAAUGACACAAGAGGCUGAUAAAUACAAAGAUUGAAAAUAAGUUCAAUUAUAUCCAGUUUAUCAGCUUGCAAAGUUGGAAAACUCUCAGACGAAUUAGCUGCUGCUCUUCGUAUCAGUUGAUCCACCAAAUCCAGUGUUUCAGAAUGAGUAAUACCAUUAUCCUAAAAUAUGAAACAUCUACAAUUUCUGUAUUUAUAGAAAAAUAAGAUAUCAACAUCCUAACACCUACUUUCGAAUUGCCAAUUAUUAAUAAUCUCAAUAAUGUAUUUUGUAACAGCGGUACAUCAGAAAUCAGUCGCAAAUAAAACACUCUAUCCGACUCGGGA